UCAAGCAAGACUUCUCAAGAAGUUGUUUCAUCACCCAAGGCUGUGAGUGUCAAGUUCCCCGACCCAGGAGCCAAAGAUGUCCCACGGUUGUGUCCUGACCCACAGGCUCGCUCUCGUCUGUGCCUUCAUGCUAGUUGCUCAAGCCUACAUCAUCUCCACGCCUAGCAGGCCCGUUUUCCGGCCGUCUCGAAGUUUAGAAAGGUCAAGGAUGUGUGCCAGGAACACGCCGUGUGUCUGGGCCGUCUGCAGCUGGUCGCAGAGUCUCAUCGUCAGCGUGGACAACUGCUCGUUCGUCAGCUCAGGAUGUAAGUGCCCCAGGGGACAGAGAUGCAGGCGCACAUCAGAGGUGAAUCCUGACAACGGUUCUUUGACGAUUCCAUUUACCUGCCAGUGAAGGCCCUUCUACCUGGAGCAGUUUGUUGAAUGACUGAAACCACCACUAGCAAACUUGUUGUGUAGGCUUCAUUAAAAACACUAACUUCCUUUCCGUUGCAGCACUACGAAACAAACAAAACAUAUUCUUGUUUAUAAAUAGAACUCUUGUCAUCUGGUUUGUAGUGGUGUUUUCUAUAUUGGCACCGGAUGUUC